AUGGAUUACUGUUCAUUACAGCUUGCUCAUACCUUGUCACCCAAAAAUGGAAUGAAAUGGAAAGUGACAGAAUUUGUUGUCACCGACGUCGCUAAGGAAAGCUGUGAUGUCGAAGACGGGUCCGUAGCUAUGAUACCUCGGCGAACAGUUCUUCAUUGUUACUGCAACUACGUCGUUGCAUUCCGUUAUCGUCGUUCCACUUCCAAGCCAACAGUCAUGGCCUACCUGAGCGAGCCUAGCAUGAGAAAAGGAAAGUUGACCAACGUGAUCUGA